AUGCUUACUUCGCAAUUGGAAUUUCAAACUUUCUUUUCAUCUUUUUGUUCUUUUCAUCUUUUUGUUCUUUUCAUCUUUUUGUUCUUUUCAUCUUUUUGUUCUUUUCAUCUUUUUUUUCUCUUUUCUUUUCUUUUUUUCUUUUUUUUUUUUUUCAACUUUUCCUUUUCUUUUUUCAACUUUUCCUUUUCUUUUUUCAACUUUUCCUUUUCUUUUUUCAACUUUUCCUUUUCUUUUUUCAACUUUUCCUUUUCUUUUCUUUCCUUUCCUUUUCUUUUCUUUCCUUUUCUUUUCUUUCCUUUUCUUUUCUUUUCUUUUCUUUUCUUUUCUUUUUUUCUUUUUUCAAUUUUUCUUUUUUCAACUUUUUCCUUUUUCUUUCCUUUUCUUUCCUUUUCUUUUUCUUUCCUUUUCUUUUCUUUUCGUCUUUUUUUUCUUUUUUCAACUUUUUUCUUUUCUUAA